AUGUCGCUUCCGCCCCUGCGGCGCCUAAAAAAGUCGAAUAUGACAAAAAUAAGUGUGUUUCCACUAGCUCAUCUGGAUCAGCACAUGAUAUUGACGCUGAAGAGUGGUAAAAAAUUAGUCGUGUCGUCUGAUUCCUUUCACUGUGUCUUAACUAUUAGUAAUACGUUCAAAUGCUUGAUAUGCGAAGCUGAAUUUAAGUGUUACUCUAGCAAAGAAAAACAUAAGACUACAGAAUUGCAUAAAAAGCGCUUAGCUUUAAAACCAAACUUGGAAGAAUUUCCUGAGGACCUAAUACGUCAGCUUGAUGCCGAGACCUGCUAUUGCUCAAUAUGCAAUGUGGUCAUACCGACACAUUCCCUCAUGCGCCACCUUUCAGGGGAAGGACACAGCACAGAGUUAAACAAAGCCAAGAAAAGAUCUUUCAAUUAUAAGCCUUUGCAAUAA